GAAUUGGUGUCGAAUAUGUGUACAAAGCUACAGUUGGACUUGGCAAAUGCAAAGAGCUAGAUGUUCGAGUUGAACGCAUGUAAUCUGAGCCGAAUAUGUAACGCCACGGCAAGGUAGCCAAAAGACGAAGCUGGUAGGCUAGAUAGAAAGGAGCUGUUUGGUGCCGCCCGUAGCUGCCUUGCUAAAUCACGACUCGCCAACUUUAUGGUGCAGGAUUUACCGCCGUGAGCUCGCCAAUGAGCCACCGUAGAAACUGAAGGGCCGACCAAAACCUUGGCGUGGAUCCAAAAAAUUGGCUUCAAACCAAACAUAUGCCAACGAAUCAGUCAGCAACCAAAAUUUUGGUAAGGCUGCUUCAGGCUGUGAUCCAAACAGGCCCAAGAUCACAAGGGGGCAGUCCGGGUGCGUGGGGUAGGGAUGACCGUAACGCCCCGACCAAACCCGCCGGUUCCUAGCCAUUGCGCCUGGGAUCUAGACUGGCCACGCAGACCAACACUAGUCUUUCAUGCGCACUUUGUUCUCACUCGUGCGCACCCGGGAUCAAUUUUCGUAGUAGGCCACCCAUCCUCAAAUUGCUCCAAGCUAAGCACGCCUAUCUUUGAGGUUCCUUUCGGAUGGGCUCCAGGAAAAGAAGGUGUACCUUGUUGAUGUGAGUAGUCUAUAUCAUUCCUAUUAAGCCAUGAUGUCACAAUGACCAAACCGGCCGUGGAGUGGUGGUCGAGAUGCUGUCCUUUGUUAUCGGUGUAUCAUUUUGAUUUAAUAUGUGGGAAGGAGCACCCGCAGUCAUCUUUCGGGGAUGUACGCAUUCACGUUGAACCUCGUUAACAAAAUCGUCUCGCCGUCUAAUUUCUGCAAUGAUCCGGUCAUGAUAAUUCCAACAACAUUUGUAUCAUUUUGAUUUAAUAUGUGGGGAGGAGCACCCCUAGUCAUCUUUCGGGGAUGUAGACAUUCACGUUGAACCUCGUUAAUAAAAUUGUUUCGCCAUCUAAAUUCUGCAAAUGAUCCGGUCAUGAUAAUUCCAACAAUAUUUUGCAAUGCACAUUAAGCAGUUCGGAACGUAACUUACACAUGCUUUAUGCAAUGCCUAUGUAUUUGUUCUUAGAUCAUAUUUAUCUUGCAGCCAUAUUACUGAAAUUUCCUUUUUGACCAAACACUUCACAUUUCAUUAUUUAAUUGCACCCCUAACUGUUUGUCAGUGCUGGUAGUGUAGGAUUUAGUUUUGGAAAUAGGGCCCAGAAAGUAUAGUCCUUGGAAGAGACCUGCAAUUUGAUCCGCUAUAUGGUCUAACAGGCGACUAGUUGCAGGAAGCCAUCUAAAGAUUGUGUUGUAAUUGUUGCUAGGUUGAAAGCACAAAGUGUGAAAGGGCGCUAAUGGAAGCAUAAGUCGUGCAGAAUCUGAUAUGGGGUGAGCAUUGCCAGUGUCAUCUCAUUUCAUCAGCUGCGGCAUUAAUGGGUUCGAAUAGGCUACCCUUUGGAUUCAUUUCGGGAGGAUAUAGCUGCAGUGAGCAAUAUGAGUGGCAGCAGUUAACCCUUCGACAAAGAGAACAAGCAACAAGGGAACAACCCCAUAGCAGUGCAAACUUGAGCUACCCUCUGCAUACACCCAACAGGACUGAGAGGACUAGUCCGUCCUUUGAUUGUGUUUGUGAUUAUGCAAAAGGAGCUGACGGACAUAUUCAUGCAACGGUAACCCUUGGCAAGGUUUGCCAGUUUAACAGGGGCAGUAGCACUCAGAAUGGACCUUAUCAAGCGGAUCAAUAUCUGCCAUCUUACUUUCCAGUUGACCAUUUUUCUGAGAUAGAUGAAGCACGGCAUCGGGCCUACAUGGACAGUUUUUACACUGACAAGAAUCCUGAUCACAUCUCAGCUAGUCGGUUGCGUCAUAGGGAUGAACUAAGGAAAGCUGACACCAAGAAGCCAUUUGAGAAAUUGCACACUAUAAAAAGUUCAAAAACAAUGCGCGCUAUCCAUCGUAAGCAACUUAAGCUUUCACUCCAUGAGGAUAGAAAUUGCAGGAAUGCUUAUCAUGGCAAGAGGUUAAAAACAAAAAAGGCAAGAUGGAGUUCUCGGAAAAACCAUUCUAGCAUGUCUUGUGUUAGUAAACAUGAGAGGAGCAGUCGGCAGGGAAGAUAUGGAGAACAUCCGUUUGAACAGGAAGCUGAGAACAGUAGCCACAAAAGGUAUGGAGGUCAGCUGGCUGGAGAGAAAGCUAAGAAGCGUAUGCUUUAUGAGGGGCACCCUAAAGGAUUAUGUUCACUUCAUGAGCAGGAGGAGCAUCUGCAUCAUGAGAUACAUUGUAGUGGUUCUGAUACGAUAAGAAAUGACAAUUGGGAGAAAAAUGCUGAAGCAAACGACGAAGUAGAUCAUAAUGGAGCAGAAGGGAACUGCCAUCUAAUGAAGAAUAUUCAGACCGCUUCUGCUACAUGCUGUGGCCCAACAAAGUCUAAUGAAAACUCAGAUGUGUUACGUCCCAAGUACAGCAGCAAAACCAUUGCUUCAUCAAAUGAGCCGAAUGGGAGUAGCAGCAUGAAAUUAGUAUCUGACAAGCAGCCAAGUGUUGCUGGUUGUACCAAAAGACCUCGAAACACAAGAACUGAAGAUGUUUCAACACCUAACCUGCAGAAUCUUCCAGUCACUCAUAUGGAGAAAGGCUGCACCAGAAAACCUGGAAACACAAGAAGUGGAGAGGUUUCAACAUGCAAUGUGCACCGUCUUCCAGUCACUCACAUGGAGAAGGGCGUGCAUACAAAGCAAGCUGAUAAUACUUCUCAUUCUGAAUUGCUUCGUGAAUGUCUAGAUAUUUGGAGAAGAAGAAAAUUAAGGAAGGAAAGUAGUGCUGAAGCUAAAAAACUAGAUCAAACAGGUAGUGCGAGGCAUGAACGGUCUGCUUCUCCUCGUAGCUCAGAAAGUGAUGAUGAAAGUGUCAAUGCAUCUGAGAGUGCUUCUGGGAGCUCAGAAAGUGCGGCUGAAAAUGAUACUGCAUUGGAGAAUUCCCAAAAAUGUAGAGGUCCGACGUCGCUUGGAGUACAAAAGCGUGGUGAAGGAAGAGCAAUGACAAAUGCAGAGCAGCCCUUCAGAUGCCUUAGUGGUAGCAAUUGCAACAAAAGCUCAGCCAAGCAAGAGCUGAAGUGCAAUCUGGAGGUUUUGCAAGAAGCACAUCCAGGUGAAAUCAUGCAGCAAAAGGAAGAGAACAGACUUCCAUGCUGCCUACCAACUGUUCAUCCAACUGCCAUGAUACAAACUAGUCAGAACAGUUGUUCUGAUACUAGCAAGAAACAAACUAGACGGAACAACUGGGCAGAUAUUAGUAAGGUAGAUCAAGCAGCUACUUCACGUCCUGAUAGUAGUGUCUGUUGGAAUGUUUCUCAGCACGAGGCGAUUAGCAAUCAUUUGGAUGAUGGGAGAAAAUAUAAACUGGGUAUCGGCUGUGAAAUUAAAAGGAAAGCAGCACAAGGCGAUGGUGCUAAACGGUUUGAACAAAUGGCCACUUUGAUAACAGGUCCAACACUGCUGGAUCAAAAAAGCCCUGCGGUUUGCUCUCCUGAUGAUGGUAGUGUGAAGGUCUGUGGGUCAGAGUGUUCCAAUCAGUACAGUGAAAGUACUUUAAAACUGGAUAAAGGGAAGAAGCCUGUCAAAUGCUCUAGUGGAACUGACUGUGAAGUCAUAAGACUGUGCUCCAGUGGAAGUGAUUGCAGUGACAUCCAACAAGAUACCAUUAAUUGCAGAAUAAAGAGGCAAGUGUCUUCAUCUCUGGCAGACUCUGAAAAUGAUGAAGGAACAAAGGAAGAUUAUCAGCCAGCUGAAGUUCUUGAAGUGACAUCAAAUCGACAGAUUUCCUACCGUUCUGAUGUUGGCAGAAAAAUAUCUGAUGUUUCUAGACCAACUGAUUGCACUCCACGUUUUACAAUACCGGACUUAAAUUGCUUGCCUAGUAUUAUCACAGAUGAAGAAGAAUUCGAGGUAUCUCAAGAAGUGAUUAAUCAAGCAACUGGGCACGGUUUGGAACGGCAUGAUGCUUGUCCGAGCUUUUCCGCAUUUAGUGGGCCUGCUGUGCAGGAAGAACUGGUUAAUCAACCAGAGAAGAAUGAAUUUAUUGGAGGAAUUUGCGCAAGAACGGGUGCAAAUGGUUCACAGAUCUCUGAUUCACAUGGUGCAAAGGGAGUGGUUAAUCAGGCAACUGGGCAGGAUACUAGUCCGAGCUUUUCCGCAUUUAGUGGGCCUGCUGUGCAAGAAGAACAGUUUAAGCAACCAGAGAAGAAUGAAUUUAUCGGAGGAAUUUGCGCAAGAACGGUUGCAAAUGGGUCACGGAUCUCUGAUUCACAUAGUGCAAAGGAAGCGGUUAACCAGGCAACUGGGGAGGAUACAAGUCAGUGCUUUUCAGCCUUUAGUGGGACUGCUGUGCAGGAAAAACAGGUUAAACAAUCUGAAAAGCAUGAAUUUAGUGGAGGAAUUUACGAAAGUGAGAUUGCAAAUGGUUCGCGGAUCUGUGAUUCACAUAGUGGGCCGCCAAAUCUAAAUACUGAUGAAGAAAGUAUCGCAUCAACUCAGGCAUUCAAAUGUGCCCUUGGGGAAUUCAUAAAAAACAUCUUAAGGCCUCUGUGGGAAGAAGGCCUCUUAUCCCGUGAGGUCCACAAAAUUAUAGUGAAGAAAGCGGUGGAUAAAGUGGCCUUCACAUUGGGCCCAAAGGUGCCUCGUACAGAAGCAGACACCUUUAGAUUUUUCGCUGAGGAAACUCAAAGUGUUGAACAACUCGUUCAGGGUUACUUGGAUGUAUACCUGGGAAAGCAAGUUCUUAAGAGAACCAUGCCUGGUGGUAUCUGACCAGUGAGGGCUGGGGAAGCCCCAUGCAGUUAUAACAACUACUCCUAGGAGGAAACUACUCUGAAGCAAAAGUCAAAGGAAGACAAUGUUUUGGGUCAAUGGAUCUUCCUUCUGCUCACGAUGAGACACUUUUACUUGUGAAGCACCUGUCCAAGUUAAAACAGGGUUCCAUCUAAUAUUAACCCAAAUGGCCUAGGCAUGGCGAUGCAGCCAAAGUUCGGUUUGUAAUGUGCAUUUCCAUUAUCUAGGCCUGUCUUCCCACAAUGUGCAAAUGUCGUGAUGAUGAACUGGCAUUUGGUUUUGUGGCCUGCGCUUUCAUUUUGUUUAGAAUUACGCAUUGUUUAAUAUUUAUUAUAGGAAAUCACAGAAUCA